GGGGAGAGCGGGAGCAAAGAGCGAGAGCCAGGGAGAGGAGAGGGAGGGAGAGGAGAGAGAAAGACACACGCACGCAGAGACACACGGUCACCGGAAUUCCAUUAGAAAAAAGUGACACGAGCAGGGGUUAGCGGGAGAAGAUUUUUUUGAAUCUUUCCUCCGUCUUGUGCGAAAGAAGCGACUCGGGUCUCUUGUCCUCGAAGCUCCCACUGGAUCGUUCCUAGGCGCUGACACCCGUCGGUGGAUUUCUUAUUUGCGUUUUAUUCUGACCCCCACCCUCGCCACUUCCUUCCAGCCCUUCACUCUCAAAUCGCCUCUCCCCCCACCUCCUCAGUCCCCUCCCGGGAAGCGAAGGGGAAUCGGACCCGCGGGGACUCGCGCCUUCCCGGACGAGCCGAGGGAAGGGCAGACCUGAGGACCGGCUGUCGGCUUGGAGAGCACACACACACACACACAGAUACGUGUGUAUUUGAUUUUAGUGGGCAAGGGGGGCCUCGAGACGCGGCCCACCGCCCUCCAUUCCCCCACCCCCUCCAGCCAGAGGCGAGAAUCGCAGGACUCAGGAUCUUCAUCCGGCGGACUAGCUGGGAUCUCCGCAUUGGAUUUGGGGCUGAUUAUCACUGCCUGGCUAUUAUUAUUGUUGUUGUUAUUAUUUUUUAUCCAAGGGAGAAAGACAGAAAAAACUGUGGGAUUUAUUUAACAUGAUCUUGGCAAACGCCUUCUGCCUCUUCUUCUUUUUAGACGAGACCCUCCGCUCUUUGGCCAGCCCUUCCUCCCCGCAGGGCCCCGAGCUCCACGGCUGGCGCCCCCCAGUGGACUGUGUUCGGGCCAAUGAGCUGUGCGCGGCCGAAUCCAACUGCAGCUCCCGCUACCGCACGCUGCGCCAGUGCCUGGCCGGCCGCGACCGCAACACCAUGCUGGCCAACAAGGAGUGCCAGGCAGCCCUGGAGGUGCUGCAGGAGAGCCCGCUCUACGACUGCCGCUGCAAGCGGGGCAUGAAGAAGGAGCUGCAGUGCUUGCAGAUCUACUGGAGCAUCCACCUGGGGCUGACCGAGGGCGAGGAGUUUUAUGAAGCUUCACCCUAUGAGCCGGUGACUGCCCGCCUCUCGGACAUCUUCAGGCUUGCUUCAAUCUUCUCAGGGACAGGGGCAGACCCGGCGGUCAGCGCCAAGAGCAACCACUGCCUGGAUGCCGCCAAGGCCUGCAACCUGAACGACAACUGCAAGAAGCUGCGCUCCUCCUACAUCUCCAUCUGCAACCGUGAGAUCUCGCCCACGGAGCGCUGCAACCGCCGCAAGUGCCACAAGGCCCUGCGCCAGUUCUUUGACCGCGUACCCAGCGAGUACACCUACCGCAUGCUCUUCUGCUCCUGUCAGGACCAGGCGUGCGCCGAGCGCCGCCGCCAGACCAUCCUGCCCAGCUGCUCCUACGAGGACAAGGAGAAGCCCAACUGCCUGGAGCUCCGCAGCCUGUGCCGGACAGACCACCUGUGCAGGUCCCGGCUGGCGGACUUCCAUGCCAACUGCCGUGCCUCCUACCAGACGCUCACCAGCUGCCCCACCGACAAUUACCAGGCGUGUCUGGGCUCCUACGCUGGCAUGAUCGGGUUCGAUAUAACACCCAACUACGUGGACUCCAGCCCCACGGGCAUCGUGGUGUCCCCCUGGUGCAGCUGUCGUGGGAGUGGAAACAUGGAGGAAGAGUGUGAGAAGUUUCUGAAGGAUUUCACAGAGAAUCCAUGCCUCCGGAAUGCCAUCCAGGCCUUUGGCAAUGGUACAGAUGUGAACCUGUCCCCUAAAAACCCCCCAUUCCAGGCCACACAGGCCCCUCGGAUAGACAAAACGCCUUCAUUGCCAGAUGACCUCAGUGAUAGCACCAGCCUGGGGACCAGUGUCAUCAGUACCUGCACAUCUGUCCAGGAGCAGGGGCUGAAGGCCAAUAACUCCAAAGAGUUAAGCAUGUGCUUCACAGAGCUCACAACCAAUAUCAUCCCAGGGAGUAAAAGGGUGAUCAAACCUAACUCAGGCCCCCGCAGAGCCAGACCGUCGGCUGCCUUGACUGCUGCAUCCUUCCUGAUGCUGAAGCUGGCCUUGUAGGCUCUGGGGAUCCCAUCGGGAGAUUUCUGAAAGCUACACGGAUGAGAACACCCGCCUGACAAAAUGGAAACACACACAGACACACACACACACACACACACACACACACUUUGCAAAAAAAAAAAAAAAGUUUUUUCCCACUUUGUCUCUGAACCUGUCUCCUCCCAGGUUUCUUCUUUGGAGAAGUUUUUCUAAACCAAACAGACAAGCAGGCGGGCAGCCUGAGAGCUGGCCCAGAGGCCCCCUGGCUGGGGAAACACCGCGUCGAGGAGGGCACACGGCGGGUCUAGAGAUACCCUUCACUUUUCUCUGGGGGUUUUCCUCUCUGGGCCCUGCUGACAUGGGACCAGACGACACCCCUACUACCCAGGGGCAUGGGCGGGGCCAGGAUGGCUUCUGUUCUUCUCAAGCUCCCCAGUAAGGGGACCUGCUGGGGACUGGCGGGGGGCGUCAGGCAGCAGGGCAGCAAGGCUGGCCCCUGGGGGUCCAGUUGGGCACCGUCAGCACCUCCACUUGGCUUCCAGGAUGGAGUUUAUUUCGCCCCCCUUCUCUGAGGGCUGGAUCUGGCCUGUGGAUGGGUGUGGUGCUCUCCCCUUGAUCCCCACUGUAGCAUGGGGGGGAGGGCUGGGCAGCUCCGGGGAGCUUGUGGAGCCCAACCUGCCUGGGAGACCCCGCUGGGGGUUGGGAGCAAAACUUGGGAACCACCUCAAGGCGGCUUCUUCCUCCUUGGUGGCAAAGAACCUCCUUUGAAAUCAAAGAGAAAUGAUUCCUUGUCCACCCCCUUGGUUUCUUGUGGGUCCCUUUGGUGGGUCUCCCUUUGGAGGGAGGGGCCAGGCGCUGAGACUGAGGAGACCACCGUGGGCCGUCUCUGGUCUCUGCGACUCCCUCCAUCACUCUCCUCCCUGCCUCACUUGCCCACUUUCUCUCCUCAUUUCUGAGACAUAUGCCCAAUGCCCACUGUAUGUACAUAACGCGGCUCCUUUCUCAACAUAUAUGUAUAUACACAUCCGUAUACAUAUAUCGUGUGGUUCCCUCUCCUUUCCUUUUUUUAAGAACCUAUGGAAAUAAUACCCUAACAGAUGAGCGAAAAUGUAUUAUUGUAAAAUUUAUUUUUUUUAAUAAUGUUGUCUAUAUGGGGGAAGAAAAGGAGGUGGGCUCCCUGUGUUUCUGCCCCAGUCGGGCUGAUGGGGUCUUGGAAGGGAGUUCCUGAUUGGUAUCACGCGUAGCCGAGGCUCCAAUAAAUGUACUAGGAAGCAAUCUGCCUCCUGCUUCA